GCCACAGGGCAGCCCCGCCCAAAUGGAGCCAGCAGAUUGCCCCGGACCGCCUAGCACCCACCUGGCUCAGAGGGUGGGGACCCACUUGAAGGCUAGCCGCUAGAGGCUGAUAUCUACUAAGGUACCCAUGCACUACGUCCAUGCUUUAGUCGGGUUCUUGCUUCAGCACCACUCGCUUCCGUUUCCUCCCUCGGCCAGGCCUAGUCUUUUAUUCUGCCUGUUACUGUUCCAUCAAAACAUCAUCGCAAUUAAUCACAUCUUACCCGAAACGUCGACAACUGCCCAACCCCGUCGGCGCAUAUCAUAUCCCACGACUCUCUGAGCUGGCCCUUGCUCAUCAAGGGCGUUCACACGCUUCCAUUUUAUCGGCAUCUGUCCAGUUCGCGUUCCUUGGUUCGCGUCUGUAAUUAGUUGCCUUGCGUCAGUAGCCAACGCCAGCAUCCUUAAUCAACUCUGACUUGGCACCCAGCCUCGCGCGCCAACUCCUCGACGACGCCGAAUACACGAAGCGUAGCGCGAUAAACAAUUUCGAUUUAUCGUCGACCUCUCCGCAAUUGACCUUCGUCUCAACGACCCUCGUUUUCGACCUUUGUUACUCAUCGCUGAGACCUGCCUUGCGCAAUGUCGAUGUAUCCGCAUCGCGCCAUGGGGGGCGGCCCCCAAGGCAAUUCCACUCGGCUGAACGAGUUGCUCGAACAGAUUAGGGUCGAGUUUGAUACUCAGAUGCGCGCGACGGAAAACUACGAGCAUCAGAGUAUGUCCACUACUCUUGCCGCGCAAGUCAGUGAAAUGCAACUGGUCCGUGAAAAGGUCUAUCAGAUGGAGCAAACUCAUCUCCAACUCAAGCAGAAAUAUGAAGAUGAGAUCAGUGCUCUGCGACACCAACUCGAGGCUGCUCGAAAGGGCAUCCAGCCUGGCAUUCCCGGCCCGCCUCAACAUGCUGCCCCCUCCCAACAGCCCCCUUCUAUCGCUCCUGGCAAUGGUCUUUUCAGUGGCAUCAUGGCUGGCGGUAGCCAGGGAGGUCUCGUUCCUCCUCAGCCAGGCCAGCAGCAGGGUCAGCAGGGCCAGCCCCAGGGUGCGCAACAGCAGCAGCAAACGCAGCAGGGACAUGCCCCUCCUCAGGAGCAGCCGUUGGGACCUCAGCACCAAAUGGGCCAAGGGCCUCCUGGACUUCCCGUCCCCCCUCCUCACCCCAACGCGCAGCAAGCUCCUUACUCUCAGAACUAUCCUCCGGGCCCCGUUUCCAAUGGGAUGGGCCCCCAGCCGCAGAGCACCGCCUCUCCCGGCCCCGGUAGAAGGGGUAUCGGUCGUCCACCAGGUGCCGUCGGACCUGCUACACCCCAGGUUAACACCCCCGUGCCUUACCCUGGAAGUGCAGCCUCCCCUCAAGUCAGCCAUCCGACUCCCGAACAUGGUCGAAUGGGGGGACCACAUGCUCCCGCCGUUGGCAACGCUCUUGGAGAUCUCGAAGUCGACUCUGUGGCCCCUCACAAUAAGAAGACUGGGCAGGAUUGGUAUGCGAUCUUCAACCCUCAGGUCCAGCGUGUUCUGGAUGUGGACCUCGUCCACUCUCUCAACCACGAGAGUGUCGUGUGCUGUGUCAGGUUCAGUCACGAUGGCAAGUAUGUUGCAACUGGUUGCAAUCGAUCUGCCCAGAUCUUUGAUGUCCAAACUGGUGAAAAGGUUUGUGUGCUUGAGGACCAUAAUGCUUCCGAUAUGAGCGCCGAUCUCUACAUUCGCAGUGUCUGCUUUAGUCCCGAUGGUCGCUAUCUUGCUACUGGUGCUGAAGAUAAGUUGAUUCGAGUGUGGGAUAUCCAAACGCGAACCAUUCGAAAUCAUUUCUCUGGUCACGAGCAAGACAUUUAUUCGCUGGAUUUUGCUCGUGAUGGUCGAACAAUUGCCUCAGGCAGUGGCGACAGAACUGUACGCCUGUGGGAUAUUGAACAAGGCACAAACACCCUCACUCUUACAAUAGAGGAUGGCGUCACGACUGUUGCCAUCUCUCCUGAUACCCAAUUCGUUGCUGCAGGCUCACUCGACAAGAGUGUACGUGUAUGGGACAUCCAUUCCGGCUUCCUUGUCGAGCGUCUGGAAGGACCUGAUGGUCACAAGGAUAGUGUCUACUCGGUUGCCUUCUCGCCCAGCGGUAAGGACCUGGUUUCUGGCAGUCUCGACAGGACUAUCAAGAUGUGGGAGCUCAGUGCCCCUCGUCAAGGAAACCAGCCUGGCCCGAAGGGUGGCAAGUGCGUCAAAACCUUCGAGGGUCACCGCGAUUUUGUUUUAUCAGUUGCUCUCACCCCCGAGGCCAACUGGGUACUUUCAGGUUCCAAGGACCGUGGUGUCCAGUUCUGGGACCCUAGAACGGGUACGACGCAACUCAUGCUGCAGGGACAUAAGAACUCCGUUAUCAGUGUUGCACCUAGCCCGCAAGGAAGAUACUUUGCCACUGGCUCUGGCGACAUGAAGGCUCGUAUCUGGUCUUACCGUCCCUAUUCCUGACUAAACAAGGAACCGGCUCAAUGGGUUGCUUUUUAGAUGCUGUGACUAGAGAAGGACAGGGGCAUGAACAAGGGCGAACUGAUACAUGACGGAGAAAAAGUGAUGUGCUUGGCGGCGGUGGCUGUACUGGGACGGAUAUCUUUGAGGGGAAGCAUUCUGCUUUUCACGUGGUGGCUAAACAGAGUGAGCGACAGAAAUUCUUGUUACUUGGAUAUCGGAUACAGGAAACAAGCUCCAUACGCUCAACUUACGGCGCGAAGCAUGAUCUUCCAAAGAGGCGCACAGGGACAUGGGGUAUUUGGAGAGCAGGAUGAACGUAGAGUGGACCAUACCUACUCGUUUGCAACUUUUUUGUUUCUAAUCUUGCAGUGUGUUAUAAUGAAAAUCACCAGUCCUUGAACAGUUUGCUGUAUUUGUAGUGGUUGCUGAUAAGGACAUUGUUCGUCAUAUGAUGCACAAACUCGAAAUGUGUGUGUAUAGUAAAUGACAUAAUAUCAUCAUAGAGAGUCGAAGAGGCUGG